AUGAACUGGAAGAAGACGUUUCUCGAGCUUCUGGAUCUCAUUCGCAGACGCCGACCAAUUAUCAGCAGACGCCGACCAAGCUUGGUCGCCGAUAUCUCCUUCUUCUCCUCCGAACACGAGCUCCAUGGGGGCCACAGCCUAUCGGGGCCACCUCGUUCACCACCGCGAUGCCCGAAAUCACUAAGAGUUCGCCGUGGUCGAGAUUUUGCGGCGAACCCUAAUUGCGUCGACAUUGUGUGUGUACGAAUUGCGAAGAAUGAAUGA